AUGCUGCAAACAGCAGGUAGUUAUGGUUUUAAAACCCUUGUCGAUGCUUGCGACAUAGUAUAUCGAAUUUUGCCGACUUUGAAAAGCCAACAGCAUAUCAUGUAUAGUCCUUUGACGAUUGAUUUCUCCUCGUGUAACCUCAUUCCAACUGAACAUGUAUCGGAGUUUGUUGCUGUUAAAACUGUUGGAGAUGGUAACUGUUGCUUCAGAGCCGCUUCGUUGCUGUUAUUUGGAACAGAACAAUAUCACCUAGAACUGCGGGUCAGAACAAUUGCUGAGCUUGCAAAAUAUAGCUUUUAUUACUUAGCUGAUAGCGAAGUAAUAAGUAGGAUGGAAGCAGAGAUGGCGAUUUUGAAUGGCAAAGCUGUUCCAGGUUAGAAUCCGAUAUUUAUUUCGCACUGUAAGAAAAUUACUUUCGCCCUAUGUAGAUUAUGAUAUGAAUGUACUGUAAGAAUCUACAUUGCUAAAUAAAACACUUGUGGACAGAUUUAAUGCCUUUCUAGUCAUGAUCUCUUUGCUGCAGUUAAAUUUUAAUACCAGGUGAAAAAAAUAAUUGUAUUGUGUCGAAGUGAAUUUUCAUUUCCCUUUUUCUCCUUACUCUUAUAAUUAAUAAUUAUGGUUAGAAUACAAAGUCAAUUGACAAACAGCGCGGGUAAAAAGAUAUUUUUAAGCUUGAAUGACAGGUUUAACUUACUGUUUACAUUUUAUAUUUACAAUCACAGCUCAAAAUUAUAUUCACGUCAAAAAAUUAAUCCUAAAUUAAAUGGUUAUUUCAUUUUUUCUGGACCUAGGUUGAUAAACUUAUGUCAUGUUUAUCACAAAAGUAUUGUGUUGAAUCCACCUAGCAAUUUCACAUCUUAAAAAUAAUUUGUUAAAUACAUUCACUUCUGUAAAGUUUAUUUGCAUUUGCUAUCUACAGAAAAAAUCGAAGACCCUUGUCAGAUAAAAGAAAUCUUUGAGGCAGAAGUUUUAAACAUGUGCAAAGAAAAUUCUUGGGCUUGUCUGUGGCAAUGGCAUGGAAUAACUUCAGUUGCUAAAAGACCCAUACAAAGUGUAUUUCCUGAUAAAGUGCCUUCCACCCUCAAAAAAACAUUAACUUAUUUCAUACAGCCACGUGAAAUGUCUAAUUCAUUGAGUCCUCUUCACUUCUUGUGGAGCAAGAUGGGGAAUACAGUGACCAGCAACUUUAUCCCAAAUCACUUUGUUCCACUUGUU